AUGGUUGAAGCUCAAGCGUUAACCUUGGAGCCUGAGGAUGCUCUCCAUCUCAAAAAGCGAGGAUUGUUGACGGAUGCUGGAAACGGCAAGCGCAAAAUUUCACAAAAGUCUUUCACGUCUGGCAGGUCACUAUCCUCAUUCGCACAUGACGACAUCACCGUCAAUGCCGACAACUUUAUGGAGAUUCCAACGCACAUGGAGUCUAUGGAGACUUUACAAUACCUUGGGUUCAGCGAGACAGCUGCACAAGUAUUUUGGGGGAAAUGGAGCGACUGGGUUGAGGAUGAACUCGCAAUCCCAAGGCCGUCGUUAUCGGAGUAUGUUGUGAUGAUUAUUGAACACAAGGUUAUUGAUGCUGAGGGAGAGGAGGAUGAUUGGAAGGGUGUGCUCGAGGGCUGGGGGAUAGACAACGAUUUAUGUGAGAGGAUCUUGGAUCCUCUAUACACAGAUGUAAGGCAGACCGCAUCAGCCAAACACUGGGUCGUAUUUACGAUCGAAAAUCGCCAAUACAAACUUGAAGAGAUAUUUCAACAAAGUCGGAACCGCUUACAGAGACGCCAUGCUCGGCGUCAGGCAGACCCAUCUUCUUCCGAUCAUUACGAGGAGUCGGAUCUGGUAGAGCCAGAUCGCGAGUACGGCCCGGCGCCUGGAACUACUUUCUAG